AUGACUAGAGUACCGAGUCGUUUCACCACCAUGACGGAGCUCCUUGAAGAGCUCUUCCGCAAGGUGCUUGAACCCGGAGGCUCGGUGUCGGCGAACAAUUUUGGAGGCGGCGGAGGGGGAGGAGGAGGGGAUCAGGAGAACAAGGGCUGCAAGGCCCUGGAGGAGGUGCAGGCCAUCCCGGGGAACAGGCAGUGCUGCGACUGCGGCGAGCCGGGUCCCGACUGGGCCUCCAUCAACCUGGGCAUCACGCUCUGCAUCGUCUGCUCGGGAAUACACCGGAGCCUGGGGGUCCAUUUCUCCAAAGUACGCUCCCUCACUCUGGACUCCUGGGAGCCAGAGCUCAUCAAGCUGAUGUGUGAGCUGGGAAACACGGUAAUCAACCGGAUCUACGAGGCCCGGAUCGACGAGAUCACCAUCAAGAAGCCCCACCCCUCCAGUCCCAGAGGAGACAAGGAGUCGUGGAUCCGGUCGAAGUACGUCGAGAAGAAGUUCAUCCAAAAGCUGCCCGAGACGGGCAGAACCGCCCUGGUGAGGCGGUCCAGCGCCAGGAGGAACCCGAUCGACCCGCAGGAACGGCCCGCCCUGCGGCCGCCGCUCAAGCCCAAGCCGAACCGAGCCACUCUGCCUCGGCUCACGGGGCUGAGCCCCAGUGACCUUCUCCAAAAGAACAACACACACACAGAUACAGAGGAGGAGGAGGACCUGAGUGGACUUCACCCGGGGGCCUUGCUGUACCGCUCGGCGGCCCUGCAGAACUUCCCCGUCAUGGCCGACGCUCUGGCCCACGGAGCCAGCGUCAACUGGGUCAACGCGGCCGAGGGGUCCAGCACGCCGCUGAUCCAGGCGGUCUCAGCGAAUGCGCUGGCAGCCUGCGAGUUCCUGCUGCAGAACGGCGCCAACGUCAACCAGGCCGACAGCAGCGGGAGGGGGCCGCUCCACCACGCCACCAUCCUGGGUCACACCGGGCUCGUUUGCCUCUUCUUGAAGCGAGGAGCGGACUACAACGCCAAAGACAAGAGCCAGAAGGACCCCAUCACCAUCGCCGUGGACACGGCCAACGCUGACAUCGUCACUUUGCUGCGGAUCGCCAAAAUGAACAAGGAGAUGCGUGAGAUGGACGGAGCGUUUGGCCAAUCAGGGGAUGAUACCUACCACGACAUCUUCAGAGACUUUUCCCACAUGGCCUCGAACAACCCGGAGAAGCUGAAACGCCGCAGUGCAGACCCCAAAACUUAACGGGCCUCCGCCUCGUGUCCUACUUGCACACUGUCAAACACACACACACACACACACACACACACACGUUUGGUCAUAGCUCAGCUGUUGUUGACCUCGGAGGGGAUAAGCGCUGCUUUGUGUGAACGCCGCGGCAGCUUUUUGAGACCAGCAGGAGGUGUCUUAAUGUGCAGAAGAUUCCUUUCCUGUGGUGAAUCUGUUUGGGAUUUUUUUUUUUUUCUUUUCAUGAACUAAAAAGGGCAGUGUUGUUUGCACAUCAUUGUUACAGAGAUUAAGUUGACUCCUCCGUAAGAUUGUAAUGUACACAAACCUUUACAUGCGAUAGUGUUAUUUUAGACUGUGAGGUACUUAAGAUUUGUAUCACGAUCAAAUAAACUGUAAUACAAAAACCUA